AUGCCGCGGCCUCGUCGUCGGACGGAUUCUCCCUCGGCGAAGUUUCUCUCUCGCGUCCUCACGUGCGUCCUCGGGCUCCUCGUUGGCGUUCACGCGACGUUCGACGUGCGCGAUUGCCACGACAAGGCGGUGGUGUCCACCGUCGUGGGCGCGGGCGUGAGCGGGAAUCGAGACGGUCGGUUUGAAAGGAGUUUUCUGUCCUCGCCUGCUGGGGUGUCGUGCAACGCGUCCACGUGUGUCGUGGGCGACAGUGGGAACAACGUCGUGCGAGUGAUCGAUCUGGGAAAGAGCGAGGUGACGAAUUUCGCCGGGAACGGCACCGAGGGGUCGACGGAUGGGAAGACGUCGGCGAACGCAGAACUGGGCGAAACGCAGGCACUGUUUAAAGGUCCGACGAGCGUGGCUUUGCUCGCAUCAGGAGACGUGCUCGUGGCCGAUACCGGUAAUAAAGCGGUGAGGAACAUAUCCAAUGGAGACGUGACCACGGUGGUCGCGUCGUUGCCGUUCGCACCGAUCGAGCUGGUGGUCGAUGAGAGCAACGGUGGAGACAUGUAUGUUUUGGGUCAAAGCCAGCACGGAGUGAUGAAAAUAAGCGUCAGUACUCUCGCGGUGACCACGAUCGCCGGAUCUCAGACAACUUCGGGAUUUGUUGACCACAAUACGGGAACGAGUGCGCGUUUCACCUUGCCUAGAGGUUUGGCUCUGGAUAGCUUGAACUCCAAAUUAUACGUCGCGGACACGGGAAACCACGCUGUUCGAAUGAUCGAUCUUUCGACAGGAGUGGUGACCACGGUCUUAGGAGAUGGUUCACCCGCUUUGAAUGCAAGCACGCUGAAUAAGGAUGGGGUGCUUUCAACGCCGGCGCGUUUCAACGAUCCGGUAGGGAUCGCUUACAAUUACGACUCAGCCUUGAGUAGCGGCGUACUACUGGUUUCCGAUGCAGGAACGCAUCAACUUAGAAAACUUAUUUUGAACGAUUCUACGGCUGGCAAUGCUGCGACCGUAGUGACAGUGGCGGGUAGUUACACAGGGACAGCGGGUUUCCGAGACGACGCCGUGGGAAGCGCGGCGAUGUUCUACAAUCCAGAGGCGGUGUCCUACAUAGGCAGCGCGACGUACAUAGUCGCUGAUCGUAGCAAUCACGCCAUCAGAAAAGCGCGAUUCGAGGCUCCUGUGGACAUCACUUUCACGAUGCAUUCGGUGGCAAACAUUGAAAAAUCGCAGGAGAGUCACGAUUUGGUGAUAGAGGAGUACGGAUCGUAUUCUGUAGACGGGCCUCCAUACAAUGAAACGACUCAUUUCUCGGGAAUUUUGACAUACGUGGGUGAGGUUCACGAGCUAACUAUGUGCGCAUACCCAUCGGUCGAAUAUUUCGUCCGGUUCGAGGGCGCCAUGCAAGCUACAGUUAAGGAUUCAAACAAUUUUUUGUACAUAGGUUACACCGGGUCAACCGCAUCGGAUUCGUUGUCACGAACAUUCAAGAUCAGUGGACCCGGUUGUACCGAUUCUUCGUCUCCAAACUAUAAUCCAUUUGCAACGAGCGAUGAUGGAUCGUGCGUGACUGGGGUGAAAUUACUUUUCACCGUGGAGGCCUUUGGUGUUAUCGAUCACGCGGUGUACGAAUUUGAAGGACCAGGGAUUUACGUUUCGGACUCGUUUGAACCCGAAAGUGGUGAGGACGGACACGAACAAACGAUUGAUUUCGAGUUCGUCGCUUACCCCAGCGCGAUAUACACGGCGUACUUUUAUGGAGCACUCAACGCGUCACUGACCACGAUUGAGGGUCAGAGCGGACUCGGAUCUGUUGGCAUCACGUACUGGAUCUACAACUCGACUCAAGCCAGCGAUGAAGGCAUGAAGAAAGCUCGUGUCACCGGUCCUGGCUGCGUUGAGCCAUCGUAUACAUCGUAUGAUUCAAACGCCGUCGAAUCGGACGAGCUGAACGCGUGUUUUCUCAUGCCGUCCGUGCGAGUCACUCUCAAUGCGAGUGCGUCGGCGGAGUCAUGGUACGAUUACGGCUCCAUUAUCGGUCACGCAGACAACUUCACCAAUCUGUACGGAAUUGCACUAGUUAAUUCCACGGAUCAAAUGACUAUGGAUCUCCAAGUGAAGCCCGGUGUGUAUGAACUCGAGUCGUAUGGUGAUGUUUCUGCGAGCGUGGAGAGGCAUGAGUUGGGGGGGGCGUUCACGACAAUAGUGGCAUGGGAUGGAACAAACAGUGCACUCAGAUACGAUGCUUACGGAUUCAGCACGACGACGGGCUCGGAGCGCGUCGUUUUCGCAAUUCCGACCACGUUUACCUACAUUAUAUUGAAUGGCGUAGUGGGCUAUGCCGGAGGCGUCUUGUAUGGUGAUGAUUCGAAGUCGACUGCGCUAUUCGCCGAAGGCACUGUGCCUUGGCUUCAAACUAUAACAUCGAGCUUAACUUCAGUGACGUCGACGACGAGUCUGAAGAACACUCUCUGGUACAGCUGGAACAUCAACAUCCUCGGUGUCUCACCUUACUUGAUGUCUCUUACUCCGAGUGGGUUCACUUUCAACGAACCCGUUCAACUGUCGAUCAACUAUGACGCCACGGCUGUGCCUUCUCAAGAAGGUAACGAGGACAUCAUUUUGUUCAGAGCGUCGUCGACGACGAUAACGGAUAUCAUAGCGUUCACUGGUGCUACCUUUGACGCUUCAACCUCUCUUUCGAGUGCGCCCAUCGAUGUCACUGGUAUGUACGGUGUUGCAUUCCGGGCAACGGUCAGGAGCAUCUCACCAUCAAGAGCCUGGAUCGACGGGGACGUCACGGUGACGUUGGAUGGCGUCGACUUCUCUUCGUUGAGUAGUGUGAACGUAGCAACCACAUACCAGAAGUGUCGGUGGGGAGAAACUUUCACUACUGCGAAAACUGUCGCUUCGAGCGAUAUCCGAUCGACGUUGUCUGGUUCAGACAGUACGGUGAUGGGUACAAAAAUCAACGCUGUAUCUUGUCCAUCACCCACGGUAGAUCGUGCUGGCUUCACCAUAGUCGAAUUCUACGACAGCAAAAACGGCAUGAUGAGCGAUACCCAGAUGGUGUUCUUGCUGACGACCGCUCCAAAGAUCGCGUCUAUCGUCCCAACCGAAGGGGUGUUAUCUGGCGGCACAUUAGUAUCUGUGUAUGGUAAAUACUUCCGGUCCGCACUGUCGGCCUCGGAGACUUACGAUGGUGAUUCUAGCUUCUUCACAAAUGGUGGUCCUGUCUCGACGUCCUGUGUGUUUGGCGCGACAGCAUCCGGAUGCGUACUGGUAUCUUCUUCAUUCGCGCGAUGCGAAAGUCCCCCUUCGAAUAGCGUAACGUCGGUAUCCGUGCGACUAGGUACUCAGGAUUACAAAUCCACGGGAGGGUACGAUAUCUACGCAUACGUGAGCGAUUUUACUUCUGGUUCCAGCACGGCAUACACAGACAACAGCGGAGACAGCUCGUUUACAGACGGUGGAGUCGAAGUGGAUCUGAGCGCAGCUUUAGGUUCAGCGACGAAGCAACGCACGUCAUUUCAUGAAUGGAGGUGCCUAUUCGGCACGACGAGUGUAGACGUGAGGCGUGACGCCUUUGGAACUCUCAGCUGCAUCUCCACGUCGCUGUCGCGUGGGAGCGCUGUUGACGUGAAACUCGUGGGACCGGAUGGCGAGGAUUCGACACCGGUCGGAACAAUCUCAGCGCCGACAAUAGAGAGUAUGUACGUCGAUUCUACCGUCACGCUUCCGGGAAUUGUGAAGCCCGUAGAGACAAUCGGCGUCAUCAAACGUGAGCACUAUCCAAUGUUUUGGGAGCCACUCAAGUGGGUCAGCACCGCGCACGCUCUGGUUUCACCCCCCGGCGGAUCUUGGUUCGGCAUUGCUCAGGGUUACGGAUACGGGACUCACGGCGAUCCGAAUUGCACAUUCACCACGGAUGCAGGCAACGUAACGACGCGGGUUGCAGUCGUUAUAUCGUCCGCGGUUGUUGUGUGCGAAACACCAGAUGUUGAAACGUUGACGUGGGCCGAUUUAGCCGUCACCAUGAACGAUGCGUACUCUGGAUCACCGAGAACGUCGCUUCCGGUUUGGUUCGAGCCAGUGUCUCGAGCGCCGGACGCCUUGGAGGAAGAUCAGACGUAUGCGUGGUACAACUGGCAAUUCCCGGCAUGGCCGUCGACUCCCGAUGGAGCAGUAUUAUACUGCUACUUCGGCGACUCGAUUGAACCAGUAUCAAACUACACUCGAGAAUUCGGGUGCAUUCCACCGCACACCUCCGCGCCAGGUUUCGUUACAGUCGCAAUCGACGUUGCCGGCGUGGCGCCUGAGUUCUACAAUCAGAUGGAAAUUGUCGAGCCGCUGCGUGCAACUUCAGUUUUGCCAAGAGUUCUAAGCGCACAUGGCGGAUCUAUCGCCUAUUUCUACGGAAAAGACCUGUUCACCGAAUCCGAGUCGACGAGGUCGUACUGCAGAUACUCAUUCACGUCGUUGGAGUCGACAGAUGUUUAUUACGUGUCGUCGGCGAUGGUAAGAUGCGAGAUCACGGCGAGCGAGAGCACCGACCGCAAUUCCGAGAUGAAGUUGACGAUCGGUCGAGAUUACGACCUCAACGGCAUCCCACAACGAGAAAUUUCUCUUUCACAUCAGAAUUCUACCAUUAGAGCACUGUUCAACGGGUUCGGCGUGCGAACAAUUGUAUCGCCUACGCUGACGAGAACGUCGCCGGCCGCGUCCACAGCGCUUGGUGGAGCCGUCUUUGGAGUCACGGGCACCUCAUUUGCCACCGAAACGGACGGUUCAAGAUGCGUUUUCGGAUCAAUUUACGUCGCCGCCAACGUGUACAAUACCACGUACGCCGACUGCGUCACGCCCGCUCUCGUCCCACAGCGGACGUACGCGGUGUCCUUCUCCAUUGUCGGCUCCGCCUCGCAGCGCCUGGUUGACGUCGAGUACUCGUACGCGAACGGUACCGCCAUCUCGUACACGCCCUAUUAG